CCGUGCAGGGCACUCUGGUGGGAAAGGAGGCUGGAUGCGUGCGCACACGGGGGAGGUGGCGACGUCAUGGCUCGGUUCGCGCUGACCCUCGUCCGGCAUGGAGAAACAAGAUACAACAAAGACAAGAUACUUCAAGGUCAGGGUAUUGAUGAGCCCCUUUCUGCGACUGGUUUCAGACAAGCAGAUGCUGCUGGUAUGUUUCUCAGUAACAUGAAGUUUACUCAUGUCUUCUCAAGUGAUCUUCUUCGGGCAAAGCAGACUGCAGCUGCAAUUACAGGAAAAAAUAAGUUUUGCAAAGAUAUUGUAAUAAAGUAUGAUGCAAGGCUUCGAGAGCGGAAAUAUGGUGUUGCAGAAGGCAAGCCUCUGAGUGACCUAAAGGCAAUGGCGAAAGCUGCUAGACAGCAGUGUCCUUCAUUCACACCCUCUGGGGGAGAAACAUUAGAUGAAGUGAGAGCACGUGCAAAAGAUUUUUUUGAAUUUCUGUGCCAACUCAGUCUUGAAGAAAGUCAGAAGAAAGUUGUGCUGGAUACAGCAGGCAAUGGCUUGGAAACAUUAGAAGAAAAAUCAGUUUUCCCUUGGACAAACCAUUACAAUGGACCUGAAUUUAACUCCGAUAAUGACAAAGCUGCUAAAAUGUUAGAUGUCAAUAUACUGGUAGUGAGUCAUGGGGCAUACAUGAGAAACUGGAUUCAUUAUUUUGUUUCAGAGCUUGAGUGCAAUUUACCAACAACUUUAACAAAGUCACAGCUGUCUUCUGUGAGUCCUAACACUGGAGUCAGCCACUUCAUUAUAAAACUUGGAAAUGGAAAUAUUAAACCUGAAAUCAGUUGUGUUUGUCUUAAUCAAGAUGCACAUCUAGUAGAUGUGGAUAGUGGAAAUGUGUAGCUCAAAAAUGUUAGCAAUAUUCAGUGUGUUAUAUAGCAUUUUUAAUGUUUUAAAUUAAUUAAAUUUAAAUUGAUUUAAAGCAGUCUUUAAAACACAAGUGGAUUUUAAUCAACUUCAUAUUGUACUUGAUAAACUGGCCUUAUAUUAGUUAAUUGUGUUGACUUGAAUUCUGUUACUGGCACUGUAUUAUGAGUCUAAAGAACUACAGUUAUCUGCUGUCUUCAUAAUAUAUACAAUAUACAUUGCUGUAGUGGCUGAUAAUAAAAGUCAGCAUGUAAAAAUAGCAAGCACUCUUUAUGAGCAUAAAUUUGAUGACAUUACUGUUCAGAUGCUUAGAUAGUUAUUUUUACAGUGCAUAGUUUUCAGUAUCUUCUUACCAUAAAAGGGUUGCAGAUAUUGUCAGAUACUUAAAAAUAUACUGUCAAAAAUUAUUUAUUUUUUCUCUCAAUGGCUUCAUCAAAAAACUUGGAAAUGGAAAUAUAAACUUCAAAUCAACAGUGUGUGUCUGAAUCAAGAUGCACAUCUAAUAGAUGAGAGUAGUAAAAAGUGUAGCUCAAAUGUCAGCAAUAUUAAAUGUACUACAUAGCAUUUUUAAUGGUUUAUAGUAUUUAAAUACUGAAUUUUAUAUGUUCUGUAGGUAAUUUUUUUAAAUUUGCAUCAACCUCUUGUUUUAAUGACUUGGUAUAAGAAAAGGGAUUAGCUGGCGGGCAGAGCAUGCUCAGGGCCAAUUUCCUGGUUCUGCCACUAGGCCUUCAGCCAGGUCCUUUUUCCAUCUGUAAAAUAGAGGGAUGAUACAUACCUACCUCAGAGGGUUGCUGUGGGGAAUGAGGUCAGUAAAGCAUUUCUUGAUCUGCUGCUAAUUACAUUGAACAAAGUAUUUAUUUAUAACGGUAAGCAGAGGAACACUUAAAUUGCAUGUAGCCAAUAUUUAAAGCCUUUUUCCUGUUAAGACAUUUGUCAGUGGGAAUGUUAGGAUUACGUUAGUUUGCAGAGUUCAGGAAAUGUAGUUGCUCAAAUGUUGCUUAUAUUUUCUGGCUAUAUACUAUAUUCCUGCAUCACUGCAGUGUUUGUACUAUUUGUGUAUAUGUUCAGAUAUGACUUCUGUUAUUUAUGGUCUCCAUAUUUUGAAGCAACUCUCAUUUGCGUAUUCUAAGUCCAAAUAAAAUUAUUAAAGUUUCAUGCAUA